AUGCACGACCUGCUCUCGGUGUCACACACCGCUGGCGCCAGCGAGAUCCGCGCGGCGUACCGGCGGCUGGCCCUGCGGUGGCACCCGGACGCGUGCCGCUCGGCGGGGGAGGAGCGCUUCUACGCGGAGCGCUUCAUGGAGGCGCGGGAGGCCUAUGAGGUGCUCUCCGACCCCGCCAGCCGCCGCAGCUACGACCUCGCGCUCUCCGGCGACCGCUGGGCCGCAGCGGUCGGCGCUGGCCCGGCCUUCCGCGAGGGCCGCGGUCGGCGGCGAGAGGCCAGCGUGACGGUGUUCGGGAAUUGGGACGCGCAGCUGGACGGGCUCCGGCGGCGAUCGGCCGUGACGGAGGCCGACGGGGAGGAGCCUUGGGGCGGCCGCAUAAGGAGGGCCACCCGCGGCGCCGCGGAGACUGCUGUCUAA